AGAAGGAUUUGGGCGAAUGAAAGGGGGAAAGGGAAUGAAAAAAAGGGCUAACAAACAGCAACAAAGGGAAUCAGGGUGAUUGAUUCCCCUUCCCUUUGAUAAUUACCCCCAACCAAACGGUCCCUUAAUAUUUCAAAACUUUGUGAUUUUUCCCUAAGAUUUUUCCCUUUAUAAACCUUUCUUGUAACCUUAACACACCUUUUAUUUCAAAUUAUUCUAACCCAACCCACCCAAUUAAUGAUGGCCCAAUAGUAACACUGACCCAAUCUUUCUUCUUCCUAUAGUAAGUAGUACGUGUUAAAGAGACAAAAAAUUAAAUAAAGUGAGUGAGUGAAAAUGUGACAUCAUUAAUUAAAUAAAAAUAAUCACGAGUAGGCCGCUAAAUGACAGUUAUGACUUUAGGUCGUUUAGUAAACAGAACCAAUAACAACCAGAAAAAUAUACAAACUAUUUCCUUUUAUCUUUUAAUAUUUCGUUUUUUUCUAUGCUACCAUCAUAAAAUUAUUUUUUUUUAAUCAUAACCAAUUUUCCUGGUAAUCACAUUAUUCCACAUUUUAAGGAUAAUUAUUUACCCAUUCAAACACUUAUAAAUCAAUGACUUCCAUUGCUUACUCCGUUCAACUUCAGACUAACCCCAGAAACUUUGGAGGUUGUUUAUGGAAUAAUAAUUCUUCAGCAAAGGCAGUUUAUCAGCUUAAUACUCGAUUUCGUGCUGCGAUUUCUUCACGUAUUUACUGUUCCAGUGCAGCAAUCUCUGUAAUGGCAGAAGAGAAAAGGGAGGCAUCUUUUGAUGCAGAUAAAGCCGGAGUUAUAGUUAAGGAGCUUAGACAACAGUACGAUUCUGGAAAGACUAAGACUUAUGAAUGGAGAGUAGCUCAGUUGGAGGGUAUUGCAAAAAUGGUUGAUGAGAGGGAAAAGGAUAUCAUUGAAGCUCUUAAUAAAGAUCUUUCCAAGCCUGAAUUUGAAGCAUUUGUUGCUGAGAUUAACAUGAUAAAAUCUGCAUGCAAGUUGGCAAUUAAGGAACUAAAGCAGUGGAUGAUGCCUGAAAAGGUGAAAACUCCGUUGACUACAUUUCCUUCAUCAGCAGAGAUUGUCUCAGAACCCUUUGGAAUUGUCCUUGUUAUCUCAACAUGGAAUUAUCCUUUCUUGUUGUCGAUUGAUCCGGUGAUUGGUGCAAUAGCAGCUGGCAAUGCAGUACUGCUAAAACCAUCAGAAAUUGCUCCAGCCACAUCCUCAUUAAUAGCAAACUUAUUUCAAGAAUAUGUUGACAGUACCUCAAUAAAAGUUGUUGAGGGUGCUGUUGAUGAAACUUCUGCCCUUCUUGAGCAAAAGUGGGAUAAAAUAUUUUACACAGGUAGUGGAAGAGUAGGCCGAAUAGUCAUGGCUGCAGCAGCAAAGCACCUCACACCUGUUGUAUUAGAGCUUGGAGGAAAAUGCCCUGUAGUUGUUGAUUCUGAAGUCAAUUUGCAAGUUGCAGCAAGAAGAAUCAUAGCAGGAAAGUGGUCCUGCAAUAUCGGGCAGACCUGCACUGCUGCGGAUUAUGUUAUUACCACUAAAGAUUUUGCUCCAAAGCUGAUUGCUGGUUUAAGUUCAGAGUUGGACAACUUUUUUGGGAAGGAUCCUUUGAAUUCAAAAGACAUGUCAAGAGUUGUAAAUUUGUACCAUUUUAGACGGUUAGUCAAACUAAUGGAGGAAGAUGGUGUCUCUGAUAAGAUCGUCUUAGGUGGUCAAACAGAUGAAAUGCAAUUGAAAAUAGCACCAACCAUCUUGGUAGAUGCUCCAAAAGACUCUGCUGUGAUGACUGAGGAGAUUUUUGGACCUUUGCUACCUAUUGUAACAGUUGAAAAAAUUGAAGAUUGUUUCGAAGUGAUCAAGUCCAAACCAAAGCCUUUAGCUGCAUAUCUUUUCACCGACAAUGAGAAGCUUAAAAAAGCUUUUGUCAAGGACGUUUCAGCUGGAGGAAUGCUCAUCAAUGACACUAUCUUGCAUCUGACUGUUGAUGCAUUACCAUUUGGAGGAGUCGGUGAGAGUGGCAUGGGCUACUACCAUGGAAAAUUCUCUUUUGAGGCAUUCAGCCAUAAGAAGGCCGUUAUGUACAGAAGUUUUGAUGGGGAUUCAUCAAUUAGAUAUCCACCAUACACGCUGAAGAAGCUAAAUCUGUUGAAGUCUUUGUUGAGUGGCAGCAUUAUGCAGAUCAUUCCUGCCCUACUUGGAUGGUCUAAAGAAUAAAGAUUGAUAUAAAGUUUUGUUUUUUGAGGGAAUUUUUUGAUACAUGUAAUAGAAAUAAUGAUUUUGUGUAUGUACACUUCUUAAUUUAUUUUAGUAUUGGUUUUACAAUUUCUAAUUGUUGUUUUUACAAUUCUGCUGUAUAAUGCAAUAAUAUCUAAUUUAUUUACCAUUUCUUUAAAUAA